UUGUGAAAAAUAAAUUCAUGUACAUGAUGUAAUUAAUCUUUCUGUAACGUGGAAUGAAAUAAUUAUAUCACAUACAUUUCAACCGACUCAAAAGCGACGUGUAGUAGCUAGUCAUGUACGACUGACACGAAAAGAACGCCUGUAGUACAACGAAUAGAUAACAUCGUCACGUACGGACAAAGAACGUUUAUCGUAAUCACAAUACUCGAGUAUAAUGUUACUCAGCCAUUUGGUUUAGUUAUCUGGGAGCGACCAUACCAACGUAGUCGUUUCAUAACACGAUGGAAUCUAAAAAUACGCGCGUUGAAAACAAACAUAUGUCUGACAAAGACACGUGGGGCUAUGUUGUUUGUUUUGGUACAAUAAUUACAUUCAUUGCUGGACUAGGCCACAUUAACUCAUUCGGUCUUAUUUUCAAAGAUUUUAUUGAAGAAACAAAUUCUUCAGCCAAAUCUUUAACAACUGCUCAUGGAGUGUUUGCUAUAAUGCUUGCAAUUGGAGGUUUACUUUUAAAUGUCCUGUAUAAAAAAUACCCAAUGAGAUACGGUGGAUUUAUUGGUGCCAUCUUAUUCAUAGUCGGCGCUUCUUCCACAAUAUUCAUAAAAGAUUCAAAACAAUUAUCAUUAACCUUUGGUGUACUUCAAGGGAUUGGAUUUGGCAUGAUGGUAUCAGUGUGUUAUUCUACUUUGAACUACUAUUUUGUUACAAAAAGGACAACUGUAAUGAGUUCGAUAAAGGCUUUGCAGGGAGUUAUUAUAAUGUGGUAUCCCCAACUGUUAAAGAUAAUAAUAUAUGCUUAUGGAUUUAGAGGAACUUUACUGAUAAUAGCAGGAGUAUCAUUACAUAUGAUUCCAGGAAUGCUAACUAUGGUAACCGAAACGGAGAGCUCAAAGAACAAAAAGCUAGCAAAGAAUACAGAUUUAGAAAUAUCUAACAAAGUUGAAACUGAAGAUUUAUUAGUGAAAAGCGAUAAAGACGCAAUGGAGACGAUGAAUAAAUUCAACCAAGUAAUUUGUGAAAUAUUAAAUGUCUUAAACGUAAAAGUUUUAAAGGAUCUCGUUUACUGUAACAUUUGUUUGGGGCAAAGUUUCGUUAACUUUUCCGAUCUGACUUUCUUUAUAUUUCAACCGAUGCUCUUGUUUCAAUAUGGUUUUGAUAAGGGCGAUGUAGCAACAUGCAUUUCAAUAGGAGCAGGUGCUGACGUCACGGCAAGAUUUGCAUUAGCCCUAUUUAGUGGUAUAUAUCCAGUCAACACAAGGAGCUUGUACUACGUGGCGACAGUAUUCACUUUCGUUGCUAGAAUUGUUGUAUUGCAAGUUACACAGUUUGUAUGGGUCGCAAUUAUCACUGGCAUUCUUGGAGUAUUAAGAGCAUUUCUGCACGUUUCCAGCCCUCUUGUAAUUUCGAACCAUGUCUCAAGACAGGACUUUCCUGGAGCCUACGCAUUGUUUAUGCUCACAGCUGGUACUAUUAAUCUACUUUUAUCACCAUUUGUAGGAGCCCUGAAGGACUACUAUAAUAGCUACAUCCCGUCGUUUAUCGCUUUAUGUUUAUGUUGUAUACCAUGUCUAAUACUUUGGCCCUUAGAAUACAUAUUUCUAAAGAACAUAGUCAAUGAAGAUUGAUUUAAAUUCAUACAUACUUUCAUUAGUGCAAGUCGGUAUAAGAAUGGUUAUUAUAAUACAUCCAACACCAAUAAAAUAUACUGAGAAGCUCUUGCUAUGUAAAUACGGUUGAUAUACAUUGCGCAAAACUUUCAAUCUUCGUGACUGUUUUUCGUGAAGUUUGUGACUAUCAUUCGUACUCAGAGUCAUCAUUUAAAUUAUAUUCAAGACUGAUAAACAUUAUACAGUAAAAUUUAAGACAUUAAGAACUAAAGAAAGCAUAUAAUAGUUCGCAAAUCCAACCUAAGCUAAACCUAAACGUUUUGUUUUGGGAGUGUAUUUGCUUGUUCGCCUUUAUAUUAUACUAUAUGCAUUUUAACUGUGUGAUCACAAAUAGCUUUAAGGAAAUGUCAAAAGAUACAGACAGUGUCGAAGGCUUUUCUGAUAUGUAGAAUACACCUUGGCAUUUUUUUCCUUUAUCUAAAUUUGCUUUUAUUAAAGACGUUCUUUGAGAUAUGGCAUCUUCCGUAGAUAUUUUCCCCCGGAGCCCUGUCUGACUUACUAAGGCUUUUAAUUAUAAGGUCAACCUCCAGAGAGUCAGUACAAAAAAGAUAAGAAGGAGCUUAACGGACUUUGUUGAGGUUCCUCCAGUAGUCGGCCGAGAUUUGUGAAUUAUAAUUAGGUAUAUGUACAUACUCUGUGGUCGUAGCUAUAAUAUUUAAUAGUUAAUACAUCACAUUAGUUACGUUUGAUAUUUAUAUAUUAGGGGCGCAAACCAAAUGUAAUGCAAAUCAUCACACACUUGACGCCAUUAUGAGCCCUGUAGAUUUCCCACAGUCAUAAAUUGUACUAAAACGUUGUCGUUUUCGAUAAUGGCCACUAAUGGCCACACAAUACGUCGGCUACACUUCUUUAUUUCGUUCCUUAUAGAUAAUAGAAGUGUCUCCUAGUUUUAAGGACCCCAAAAUAAGUCAAGUUAGUUUUUUGUUAGUUUAUAUGUAUAACAAAGAGUUUCAUGUUUACAUCCCACUUACAACCGCCACAUAGGAUAUGGAAAAAUAUUAAAUUGUUAAUAUUUUUCCAUAACCCUUCUGGGCGAUUAACUGAAUUAUCCAAUUGUGAUCUUUCAUGUAUUUAUUUUUAUUUUUGUAUAAAGCUGUAAAAAACUUUUUAUAAGUAAUAGACUAUUAAACCUGAAUAAAUGCUUCCGAGUACAA